UUCCGUGGUUCAGUUGGUCAGUGUCAUCAGCGUGUGACCGGUGUAGCAGUCAGAUGUGUAGUCAUAUAAGAAUAGAAAAAUAAAACCUUCAAGAUGCCACUAUUUUGUCGAUAUUACGCACAGAAGUACCCAGAGGUGGAUGAUGUGGUGAUGGUGACUGUCAGAAGCAUAGCAGAGAUGGGUGCCUAUGUUCACUUAUUAGAGUACAAUAACAUAGAGGGGAUGAUCCUCUUGUCAGAACUCUCACGACGACGAAUUCGAUCCAUGAACAAGUUGAUUCGGGUGGGCAAGACUGAACCAGUUGUAGUGAUCCGAGUAGAUAAGGAGAAAGGGUAUAUUGAUCUAUCCAAAAGAAGAGUUUCAAAAGAAGAUGUUGAACGGUGUACAGAGAAAUUUGCAAAAGCCAAAGCAGUUAACUCCAUCAUCAGACACGUUGGAGAGCUCCUUGAUUACACUGCAGAAGAACAGGUUGAAGAGCUUUACCGUAAGACAGCUUGGCAUUUUGAGGGGAAAUAUAAGAGGCAAGCUUGUGCCUAUGAUGUCUUCAAGCAGGCAGUCAUUGAUCCUACCAUCUUAGACGAAUGCAAUUUAAAUGAAGACACUAGGACUGUCCUUCUCACACAAAUUCAGCGAAAACUCCAGUCACAAGCUGUGAAGAUCCGUGCAGACAUUGAGGUGUCAUGUUUUGAGUAUGAAGGUAUUGAUGCUGUUAAGAGUGCAUUGCGGGGAGGUAUUGCACAGUCCACAGAAGAGAUUCCCAUCAGAAUAAACCUUAUUGCUCCACCUCUGUAUGUGAUGACCACACAAACUACCGAGAAGCAAGAUGGCCUACGAGCUUUAGAAGGUGCAAUUGAAGAAGUUACAUCAAAGAUUACUAGCUUUGGGGGAACACUUACUGUAAAGAUGGCUCCUAAGAUUGUGACAGAUGUUGAAGAAGCUGACCUGGCAAGACAACUUGAAAAGGCAGAGGAAGAAAAUAGGGAAGUUGGUGGUGAUGACGAUGAUGAGGAGGAGGAAGUUGGUAUGGGUGAAUUAGAUAUAGAUAGUGAAGGUGAAGAAAAGAAGGAAGAUAAACAGGAUGGGGAAGAAGUAGAUGAAGAGUAAUCAAGUUAAAAAAAGUAGAUGAAAAUAAUUUAGUGAAUUUUGACUUGGAAGAUUUUUUCCCCAAUUGUUUUUCUUCGCCAGACGAUGCCGAGUUGUCUUCGAAGAUGAGACAUACAGUAAAUAUUCUUCUUAUUUUGAGUUUAUUUUCAGAUAUGUUAAUUAAAGGAAGACAAUUCUCUAACUGUCAACACAGUACUGUACUUGAAAGUGCACAGUUGUUGUCAUUUCUAUUGGAGUAAGUUAGAUAUUUCUGAGAUAUUUAUACUGUAAUUAGGUGAAAAGCUGUACUCCAUCCUGUUAUUGGUUGACAGUAAUAAAGUGUAGAUUUUUUUGCUCCAACCCAUUUUUGUUUCAUUAAAAACUAAAUUAAUGGGAAUACAGUAUAUCAGACAGUAUGCAUAAAUUAGUUUUAUUAGCAACUAUCAGAAUUUGUCCCCCACCUGUCUCUUAAUUUCUUUAACCCAAAUCUAACCUCCUCCUUUCCAUACCUUAAUCCUUAGUCCCAUCUACCCUCUUCAGGGCUCUAUUCCCAAGUCCUUUAGCCUUACUGCCUGUCAUUCUCUCACAAACAUUCACCCCUCUUUCCAAUUCCUGUGUCCUUAACUGUAACACAUUUUGGUUCUUGUCACUUGGCCCUAAGAUCCCCAUUCAUUUUUCUGCUUUAAUUGCCCCAUUUCAUUAAACUCUGAAUCCAGUACCUCCUGCCCCCUUCAUUCUCUCGGUCUAUAGCCUUCACCUCUCCAUUCAGCCUUAUCCUCUUUCAUCCUCACUUACUUUAACUCUGUCUUCUUUCCUUUCCUCCAUCUUCAUUUUUCUCCAUUCAUACAGAUUCAUGUUUUAAUCUUAACAUGUAGGACAUCACUUAUUUUUAUGAAACUUAAAGUGAAAUCAUUCAUAAAAUGGGAUCAUCAAAUG